ACAGAGCCUGACACGGGUCUCGAACCCGUGAACCUUGAGAUCGUGACCUGAACCGAAGCCCGACGCUCAACCAACUGAGCCACCCAGGCACCCCUCAAUCUUUUUUAUCUACUUCCUGCUCAUCAAGGGCAGAGACCCCGCCUAUCACUGGAGGUCAUGCAGAUGUCUUGCUAUCUGAUCUAACACUGAUACGGAAACAUGGUCCCCAGUCGGUGUGGACUUGAAUCCCCAUGCGAGCAUCAGCUUGUUGUAGUCUGGAGGACGCACAUUGGACAAAUGAAUUAAAGAGGCGUGGCCCAAAUAGAAGCAGCAGUAAAAUAGCCCAAGGAGAGGCAAGAGACAGGUAACACUUGGCGGGUGGAGCCCCAGAUGGCUUGAGCCUGGGGUUCUUAAAAUGAUGUAGCCAAGAGGCCAGAUGGAGGGUGAUGUUACCCCUUUGUUCCCCGUCUCUGAAAACAGUGUAGAAUGUUGAAUGUAGAAUGUAGAACAUUGAUGUAGAAACAUCAGGAUGUAUUUGCAAUAGCACAUUUCUCUGCUUGUUCAGCCAGUAAAUUGUCUAAGGCUAAUUGGUGCUCUGAGACCAUGGAAGCCAUUGAGUCUGAUGAUGUUUAGAUAAGUAUAAAUUCCUGUCGGGUUCCAGCCACCACUGCGGACACAGUGGCUGUGACAUUUUGUGUGACAGCACUGCUUCAAAUUAGUCCCCCGGCUAGUCCUGUCACGAGUCUCACCAAGGUGACUGUUACAGCAAUCAGCAGUCCUACAGCUCGCCUGGACUUCGUGGUGAGAGCUGAGUGUCAUUAGGGUUAUUGGAGAAUAUUUUAAUAUUUUCAGGGCGAGGUGCGACACAUCCCACAGCUCAGUCACUGCUAAUAUUAUUGGUAUUGUGACAUUGAAGUGGCGUCCCCUUCCCAUCUACCAUUCCUAGGAACACCGUUCCUUUAGCCAGACACAGCAGCCUUGGGGAGGGAUUGGUGGGGACUGAGGGGUGAGUGGCUGUGAGGCACCCACAGGGAGUUCUUGUCAUCAUCUGGGUCGCCAUCACCAGGGGUCCAGGGCAUCUGUGGCCUUGUGUGACAGUCCGGGUAACUGUGCCACCAGAGCCAUAUCUCCUGGAUCUUAUCUCCAGGGCUGUGUUUGAGUUGGGGGUCAUAUUUCUGCACAUAAAGGGGGUCAGGGCUGGGGGUGGGGUGGGGUUAAGUGCACCUUUUGGUGAGCAUAAGAUGGGAGCUAAGUAGGCCGGCUCCGUGGGCAGUCAGAGUAUAGAUGGAGGGCCUAUGAGGAUCUCAAGAGGUGUCAUGUGGGGACAACCUGGGAUCUACCUUGGUACAUCAGGUUAUGGCUGAGGGAUUAAAGCAUUUUGUUGUCAUCAGGUCAGUGGGCAUCAGGUGGGUGUGGAGGACUGGGCUUGUGUGAGAUUUACCGGUUCUGUAAACGGGGUGGGUUUGGACCCAGGACCACUGUGCGGGGUAGACCCCCCUCCCCGCCAAACAUCUUUAUGUGCCUCUCCAUGGAUCUGUUGGUGACAUACCCAGCAGUGGGAUAAAUUUCUGAUGUGGUCUGAGACCAUGGUUUUAGUAAUUUGGAACAAAGAAUUUUCUUCCCAUUUUCCCACAUCUUGCUUACACCGUAUUACUAUUAACAAAGACCUAAAGCACCAGGACCAGAAGGGACGUGGUUAGUUGUUGUUGUCGUUGUUGCUGUUGUUACUGUGAAUCCUAGCAAGGACACAACAGACCCAGAACCACCCCAGGAAAUGUUAGGCUAGACCGGACCCUCUCCCCAGCAGGGGUGAGCACUGGAGAAACUCAGGGGGGCUGCGUUAAAUCCUUGUGAGCCGGACCCAGCUGGGUAUUCCUGCAGCCCUGCAGCGGAGGGAGUGGCCAGGACUAUACGGUAGGGUCCUUCCCAUCUGGAUUGGAGUUGGUCUGGCAAGAUUUUAUUGCCACAUUCCCGUCUGGCCUCUUGAGUCUUGGCUUCGGUUAACCUGAAAAUGAAAUAGCCCCCCUCCCCCCCCCCCCCCCCCCCGCCGCCGGCUCCCACAACCACCUGUUGCUUGGGAGGGACUUGGGCAGCCCCAACUAGCCCCAGUAGCCUUUUCUGUCCUCCAACAGAAAGCCUCUCCCCAACCGGUAAAAACGUCUGCACACGCAGGGAGAUAUUAACCAGCCAUUGGAGGCGUCUGAGUAACAUCCAUGCCUGUCUGUCCGGGAACGCGGGGUCCGCCUCCGGGUGUGUUCAUGACGUCAUCUUGCCAGCCGGUGAGCGUAGGAAGCUCUGUGACAGUGUGAAUUAGGAAGCAAAGCGAUGCUUCUCCAGUGACACCCGACGUUUAGUUUUGCGCUGGGACCCAGGGGAGCCGGGACGGUGUCUUGGCUCGCGCACAUCCAGAAAAGAGUGACUGUGGUGUGCCCUGUUUUCCAGGUGCCGAGAUGAGGGUGAUAUUACAUGCACUGUCCCCUUAAAUGCUGGAGGCAGCUCUCUGGGGAGAGGGUGCCAGCAGGGGCCCUGCUUUGCAGACGAGGAAGCCCAGGCAGCGGGGAGCAGCUCGUGUGAGCUGCAGAGUAGCGGAAUCAGGCUGUGACCCCCUGGGCGGGCGUCCCUGCUCGCCCUGUGCACCCCUCCACACGCCCACCCGCAGGUGUCUGAACCCUGGCCCCCGCCUUCCUCCGGGACCGGGCUGUGUGGCCCCAGCCCCAGUGCUCUUGCACUUGAUUCCAGCCCUUCCCCGCGUCCUGGGGUGCAGGACUCCUGCGCGGGGUCCCCCUCUGCCGGGUCACCCCAUAUGCACACAGGCGUGCUGUCAUUUGCAUCUUAAAAGCUCGUCAACAGCCUUCCUUGACACCCUCUUUCCCUCCAGCGAGGGCUCCCUUUCUGUUCCCUCUGCAGCCCCACCCGCAGGGAGUUCUGCGUGGUCUUACACUUCUUCCCUCCUGCUCUUUCUGAAUCAGAUGUUGGGUCCCCUCCACCAGGCGGUCCUCUCCGAGGACCUGUGUUGCUGGUCCGGGCUGGGUUCUGGGUCCUCGUGUGGCCUGACCGCACAAGCUGUUCUCGGUGGGGUUGGCUCACGUCUCCCCAGCUUCCAGGACGCGUGGUGCUCUUGGUUCUCCCCCAUGCUGGCGCCUCCUGUCCCAUCUACUGUGCUCGUCCGCUGCUGGCUGUACCUUCAGACUGUAUCCAGAAGCCCACCUCUUCCCACCGCCUCUCUGCCGCCCCCUGCCCAAGCCCCGCCCCUCGCACCUGCCUGCCUCCUUCCUGCAGCGGCUCCCGCCUGCUCUCUCUCGGGUCCCACCACUGCGUCCUGUGGGUCUGCUCCCAAAACGGCUUCCAGAGCACCCUUCUUCGAAAAUACAGAUCAGAGCAUCUCCUGGUCUGCUCAGAGCCCUCCAGAGGCUCCCCAUCUCUGAGUAAAAGCCACAUCUUUAAUAUUGUCAUCUGCCUUUAUUCCUUAAUUUUGUCCCUUCACACUCUCCCCUUCCUGCCACUGUAGCCUCCGGGAGCACCACCCUUCUAGCAACACUGACCUUCUUGCCUUUCCUGGGACAUCACAGAUGGAUUCCACCAACCUCAGGGCCUUUGCACUGGUGUUCCUUCUGCCAGGAUCACCCUCUCCCCAGAGGGUCUCAUGACUCACUCCUUUGCCUCCUUCAAGCCUUUGGUCAGAUAUCACCUUCUUAGCGAGGCUUACCUGGACCAGCUUACAAGAAAUUGCAGCUUGCCCCCCGCCCCCGCCACGCCCCCUUACCUUGUGUUAUUUUUCCCCACCGCACUUACCAAUUUCUAACAGAGUAUAUAAUAUCUAUGUAUUAUGAUUAUCUAUUUUGUUUAUUGUUUAUAUUUCAACCCACUUUAAGGAAAGCUCUCUGCAGGCAUAGAUCUUUGUUUUCCUCACUGAUGCACCUUAAAACUUUAGCACAGCUCCUGGCACAUAGUAGAUACUCAGCAAAUAUUUGUUGAAUGGAACUGAAAUGGCCUUUAUUGAAGUGGUUUUAGAGGGGGCAGGAGAGCCUAGACUGGAAGGCGGAUGGUUUCUAAAGACUUUUUAAAAAUUUUUUAAAUGUUUUUUAUUUGUUGAGAGAGACAGAGAGAGAGAGAGAGAGAGAGUGGGGGAGAGGCAGAGAGAGAGGGAGA